AUGCCGGAGAGAGCCGACGCAAGCUCAGGAAUGGUGCUUCUCACCGGAAACUCCCAUCCGGAGUUAGCCAAGAUGGUAUCGGAGAGACUCGAAAUUCGUCUCGGAGAGGCGACUGUCUACAACAAAACUAACAGAGAAACUUCCGUCGACAUUAAACAAUCGGUUCGUGGAAAGCACGUCUUCAUCCUUCAAAGCGGUUCCAAGAACGUGAACAACGAUGUCAUGGAACUUCUUGUGCUCAUCUACGCAUGCAAGACGUCAAUGUCGAAGACAAUCACUGUCGUCAUGCCGUAUCUGCCAUACAGCAAACAGUGCAGAAUGCUCCGUCGUUCGUCGAUCGCCAUGAAGCUUGUCGCUGAGAUGAUUUGCAAAGCAGGUGCCAGUCGAUUGGUGUCAUUGGAUUUGUACAAGAAAGAAAUACAGGGAUUUUUCGGAAUUCCAGUCGACAAUCUUCGUGCAUCUCCAUUCUUCCUUCAACACAUCAAGACAAAUAUUCCGGAUUACAAGAAUGCCAUCAUCGUUGCCAAAUCGCCAGGAGUCAUGAACAAGGCUACCUCAUACGCGGAUCGCCUUCGCCUUGGUGUGGCUGUUAUCCACGGAGAACAGAAGGACGAGGAAGAGUCGGGUCUUGAAGAUGGACGUCAAUCACCACCACCAAAUGUCACUUCUUAUGAUUUCCUCCCAGCUCAAGAGUCGAAGCAGAAGCCACCACUCACUGUUGUUGGAGAUGUUGGAGGCCGUAUUGCCAUCAUGGUGGAUGACAUCAUAGACGAUGCCCAAUCGUUCGUUGCUGCUGCGGAAGUGCUCAAAGCACGUGGUGCCUACAAAAUCUAUGUGAUUGCCACCCACGGAGUCCUCUCCUCGGAUGCUCCAGCUCUUCUGGAGGCAUCUCCAAUUACUGAGGUCAUUGUCACCAACACUGUGCCACACGACCUUCAGAAGAUGCGUUGCCACAAAAUCAAGACAGUUGACGUCUCGUUGAUGAUUUGCGAGGCAAUUCGCCGUAUCUUCCACAAUGAGUCAAUGGGAACACUCUUCCGUGAUGUCACCCUCGACGACUAA